AGACCGUGGCGACAGCAGAGACGAGGAUGUGCGUGGGGGCUCGGCGGCUGGGCCGGGGGCCGUGUGCGGCUCUGCUCCUCCUGGGCCUGGGGCUGAGCACCGCGACGGGGCUCCACUGUGUCGGGGACACCUACCCCAGCAACGACCGGUGCUGCCACGAGUGCAGGCCAGGCAACGGGAUGAUGAGCCGCUGCAGCCGCUCCCAGAACACAGUGUGCCGUCCGUGCGGGCCGGGCUUCUACAACGACGUGGUCAGCUCCAAGCCGUGCAAGCCCUGCACGUGGUGUAACCUCAGAAGUGGGAGUGAGCGGAAGCAGCCGUGCACGGCCACACAGGACACGGUCUGCCGCUGCCGGGCGGGCACCCAGCCCCUGGACAGCUACAAGCCUGGAGUUGACUGUGCCCCCUGCCCUCCAGGGCACUUCUCCCCGGGCGACAACCAGGCCUGCAAGCCCUGGACCAACUGCACCUUGGCCGGGAAGCGCACCCUGCAGCCGGCCAGCAAUAGCUCGGACGCCAUCUGUGAGGACAGGGAACCCCCGGCCAUGCAGCCCCAGGAGACCCACGGCCCCCCGGCCAGGCCCACCACUGUCCAGCCCACUGAAGCCUGGCCCAGAACCUCACAGGGACCCUCCACCCGGCCUGUGGAGGUCCCCGGGGGCCGUGCGGUUGCCGCCAUCCUGGGCCUGGGCCUGGUGCUGGGGCUGCUGGGCCCCCUGGCCAUCCUGCUGGCCCUGUACCUGCUCCGGAGGGACCAGAAGCUGCCCCCCGAUGCCCACAAGCCCCCUGGGGGAGGCAGUUUCCGGACCCCCAUCCAAGAGGAGCAGGCCGACGCCCACUCCACCCUGGCCAAGAUCUGACCUGGGCCCACCAAGGUGGACGCUGGGCCCCGCCAGGCUGGAGCCCGGAGGGUCUGCUGGGCGAGCAGGGCAGGUGCAGGCCGCCCGCCCCGCCACGCUCCUGGGCCAACUCUGCGCCGUUCUAGGUGCCACUGGCUGCCUCCGGCUCUCUGCUUACGUAUGCCAUGCAUACCUCCUGCCCCGCGGGACCACAAUAAAAACCUUGGCAGAUGG